AAACCGAUACCAAAAACUUCGUUUUGUGACACAUUUAAUUUGUGCAUGAUCACGAAAUUAAUGGGAGAAAUCCUUACAUUAUUAUUUUUGUGUGUGUUGGUUGUGGAGUCUCAGUCGAUUAGCAGAGAUGAUUUUCCAGAUAGAUUUGUUUUUGGAACUGCUUCUUCAGCUUACCAGUUUGAAGGAGCUGCAAAUGAAGGGGAUAAAGGGGAAAGCAUAUGGGAUACAUUCACUAGGAAACCAGGGAGAAUAUUGGAUUUCAGCAAUGCAGACACUGCGGUUGAUCAAUAUCAUCGGUUCAAGAGUGACAUAGAUUUGAUGGCGGAUUUAGGAAUGGAUGCUUAUAGAUUCUCCAUAUCUUGGUCUAGAAUCUUGCCUAAUGGAACAGGUGAACCAAAUCCUCAAGGGAUAGCUUAUUACAACAAUCUCAUCGAUUCAUUGAUAAAAAAAGGAAUCCAGCCUUAUGCGACUUUGUACCAUUGGGAUCUUCCACAAAUGCUAGAAGAUGCAUAUGGGGGACUACUAAGCAAUCUAGUAGUACAUGAUUUUGAGAAGUAUGCAUAUAUAUGUUUCAAAGAAUUUGGUGAUAGAGUGAAGCAUUGGAUGACUUUCAAUGAGCCUCAUGGCAUUGCAAUGCAAGGUUAUAAUUUUGGUGUUCAAGCACCAGGAAGAUGCUCCAUUCUUGGACAUCUAAUCUGCAAAGCCGGAGAAUCUUCUGUUGAACCCUACGUUGUAGCGCAUAAUGUUCUGCUUUCUCAUGCCGCGGCUUAUCGCACCUAUCACACCAAUUUCAAGAAAAAUCAAAAAGGUAUGGUGGGGAUAGUAUUGGAUUCCAAGUGGUACGAGCCAAUUUCCGAGAGUGAAGAAGAUGUAGAUGCUGCCAAAAGAGCCUUAGAUUUCGGACUUGGAUGGUUCCUUGAUCCACUUCUACUUGGGAAAUAUCCUCUUUCAAUGCAGAAGUUGGUGGGUGAGAGGCUACCUAAAAUCGGACCCAAGGUGUCCCAAUUCCUUAAGGGGACCCUUGAUUUCAUUGGUAUAAAUCACUACACAACGUUGUAUGUGCGCAAUGAUAGGAUGCGGCUUGCUAAGCUCAUUUUGCAGGACGCGUCCACGGAUUCAGCCAUCAUUACAUCUCAUUCGAAGCACGGAGUUAAAAUUGGAGAUCGGGCAGCGUCGAGUUGGCUAUAUAUCGUUCCAUGGGGUAUACGUAGUCUUGCAAACUACAUCAAAGACAAAUAUGGGAAUCCACCAGUAAUAAUUACUGAAAAUGGAAUGGAUGAUCCCAAUAAUUUUUUAGUAUCAUUAGAGAAGGCCUUACAAGAUGAUAAGAGAGUAAAUUAUCAUAGGGACUAUCUCUUAAACCUCUCUGCUGCAAUAAGGCAAGAUAAGUGUGACAUUCGAGGCUAUUUCGCGUGGUCACUGCUGGAUAACUGGGAAUGGAACAUGGGCUACACAAAGAGGUUUGGGCUUUACUAUGUUGACUUCAACAACAACCUCACAAGGAUUCCCAAGUCCUCCGUCAACUGGUUUAGGCACAUGUUGUCGCCACGACGACUGCGGAUUCAGGAAAUGAAACUCGUUGGAUCGAAUACAGUGAAGAAAGUCAUUGACAGUGUCAGAAGGCAUAGGCGACAUGAUGAUCACCCCGAAGAAUGAAGAAUGAAAUUGAACUUCAAUCCCGAAAGGUCGGGGUGGAGCUGUCGCACCUUUGAAUCAGUGACAACUCCAAAUUCCUAAUUUAAUAGAGCUUUUCGGCCCAUAUGGGCGGGGUAGAGUCCAACCCCAUUUGGACAUGUUGUUAUGUCACUAAGAACCAUACAUGUAUACAACAAUGUUUUUAAACCAAUUCUUAUAGUUGUAUAAUUCAUAUUCAAGACCUUGAUUUGUAUAAUGAGUAUAUAUUAGCUGGUCAUAAAUAUUUACUAACA